AUGGACCAGGAAAAAUCACAGCAGAACCCUCACCGUCUCCAUACCGACCUCCCUCCCCUCCACCAUCUUUUCCCACGGACUGUACACAACACGCCCAUCUCAUCACCUGGGCUCUUCAGUCCUUCAACCAACAGGACGCAAAUGGCGUAUCCCACCACCUCCGUGUCUGAUGCGUCGACACCGGUGCUUGGGGCUCUCAGCAGCCCCUACCUUCACCCGCUGCAGAACCACAGAGUUAGAGAGACCAACAAGGCUCUCGUUGAUUUGGAUCUCAUGACGGGACGAAAAAUUAUCAACCAGUAUGAAGUGAUCGAAGAAAUUGGCCGUGGCGUUCACGGAAAAGUGAAACUAGCUCGAAAUCUCGAAACUGGCGAGAAUGUUGCCAUCAAGAUCGUAGCUCGCUUCUCCAAGAAACGGCGUCUCGGCAAGGUCACGGCCAUGUCACCACAAGACAAGACUAGGAAAGAAAUCGCCAUCCUGAAAAAGAUCAGGCACCCCAAUGUCGUUGCGCUAUUGGAAAUUAUCGACGACCCGGAACUCAAGAAGAUUUACAUGGUUCUCGAGCACGUUGAGUUGGGCGAGGUUGUAUGGCGGAAGAAAGGUCUUCCAUGGAUAUGUGCCUUCGAACGCCGGCGUAUCGAAAAGGAACAACGUGGCGAGGUCGACACUGAGGAGGAAGCCGAAUAUUUGAAACUCAUGGACAAACGCGUUGCCAUCAAGGAAGUCAAGAGAGCAAGGAUGCAGCAGAAGCAGCGAGGUGCAGAGGACUACUGGAGCAUCGAGUACGGUGCUGCCAACGAUGAAGGCUCACUGUCCCUCCCACGAAACGCAUCGAAAGACCAUUCCUUGUUCCAUCAAUUGGAAAUGCGUCAAGAAAGCGCACGCGAGGCACAUAGGAUUGCUUCCGGAGCACCUUCCCUGAAAGAUGCGUCGAGGUCAAGCACGCCGCAACCUUCUGAACCGGAUAUCUCCUCCGUCUUUGCCGAUUAUUCGAGCGACAUGGAGACACCCGGUCCUCUGCUCUCCCAGCCAGGGUCUUCCACGGCACUAGACACUGCCAUAUUCAAUCCUGAAGAGGCCAUGUCCCGUGGCAGAUCUCCGAGCAUGGCAGAUUCCAUCAUUUCACACAUGUCAUCCGUUGACUUCGAUCGUCACUCGCAUGAUUCCUUUGCUGACGAUUUCUCCUAUGUUCCAUGCUUCACGAUCGAGGACGCCCGGGCCACUUUCCGUGACACUGUUUUGGGACUCGAGUAUCUACACUACGAGGGUAUUGUUCAUCGGGACAUCAAGCCUGCAAACCUCUUGUGGACCCGCGACCACAGGGUAAAGAUUGCCGACUUUGGUGUGUCCUACUUUGGUAGACCUGUGCGCGAUGAGGAUAUGGACGAAUUUGUUUCUGAAUCCGAAGCCCGUGAUUUCGAUGACGACCUGGAACUGGCCAAAACCGUUGGUACUCCGGCCUUCUUCGCACCGGAACUCUGCUACACUGAUCUCGACCGAGAGCAACAACCCAAGAUAUCCGAGCUCAUCGAUGUAUGGUCUCUGGGUGUAACCCUAUACUGUCUCAUUUUCGCCCGUAUUCCCUUCAUGGCCGAGGACGAAUUCCAGAUGUUCAAGAAAAUUGCCACGGAAGAGGUUCACAUUCCACACCAGCGGUUGAAGCCAGUCGACCCUCUGACCAAUCCAUCUACGCAAUCACUCUACUUGCGACCCAGCAGUGCUCCCGGAUAUCGCGGAGACGAUGAGAUAGUAUACGAGACUCUUGAUGAGAAUCUCUACGACUUAUUGUGCAGGAUGUUGACCAAGAACCCCGACAAGCGCAUUCGACUUCGCGACGUCAAGCGGCAUCCCUGGGUCAUACAGGGCAUUCCAGACGUGGUGGCGUGGCUCGACGACACGGAUCCAUCACGGCAAUCUUCUGGUCGCAAGAUUCAGGUCGAUGAAAAGGAUAUUGGUGGUGCUGUUGUGCCCCUUACUUUCCUCGAAAGAGUGCGAUCUGCUGCCAAGAAAGCUGUGGGCAAGCUCACAACACACCGGUCAUCAGACAAGGUUGAGAGCCAAGCCACCAGGAAAAGGGCCAACAGCAGUGCAAAUAGCUCAGCAGGUGAAAGCGUGGCAACAACCCCUGCAUCCCAUAUCUUUCCCAGAGAUGCUCGCCGCAAGAGCAUCCGCCCUGACGACUAUUCCACGGCCAAUGAGCAUCAUCCUCUUGCACAAAGUGUGACAGCCAGCCCCCAGGGCUCCCCGGAUGACGGUUACGAGCCGGAACAACACUCGCGACGAGCGACUUUGGUAGGCGGAGAUUACAGCGGCCGUCCCAGUAGACCUGCCAUCGAUUUUAACCCAGACGCAGAUCUCCCGUAUAGGCCUUCGUCACGGAUGUCAACGUCAUCUAGCAAAGCCUACCAACAAGCAGCCCAGCCAGCUCACCUGCGCACGCAAUCAAUAAACAACGCAUUCCUAACGUUAACGGCUGCCCCCGCGGCAAUCCCGUAUACAACGCCAGCCACACCAGCCGGCGGUCUUGAUUCUCUGGUGGAUCCAAUGGCAUCUCUCAGGAAAGCCCGCGAUGUUCGACCGCUUGAUGAUGGCUCUCGCUCACGCUCCGUCGACCGAGGUUUAUUCGCCAGUGCCGACAAGCGUGCAGAGCCAAAGGUGUCUCUCAGCAAUGCCGUUGCUCCGGGUAAUGUGGAACUGCCGCCUCGGAGACCGACAGGCAUUGGCCUCUCUGAAGAUAACAAUAUUCUUGCGUCGCCGUUGUUCUUCUCCCCGAAAGCGAUCAGGACAUACCGACAUACGGAACCGAUAUCUGAUCCAAGUAGCCUUUCCACAAGUCAUCAUGAACGGCAGUUGUCUUUACCCGACACAGAUCACCGCGCCCUGACGUGUCAACAAGUCAUGGUGAUGGAAGGAAGAACGCCCCCUUCCAGAAUGUACAAACCAUCAACACCUGAAUCCUUUGCCAGAGCCCACCAGCAAAUGAUUCGUCGUCAACAACGCGAACAAGAAGAACAUGCCAAGAGGCAAGAGCUCAUUGCCUCGAGGACCGAGGUCAACCCUUCUAGCAUUCCAUGUCCGCCAUCACCUGACGAUGCAUACUUUAUGGAGAAGCCGUCGCCUCCUUCUCGACGCGAUACCAGUGGAACUAUCAUUACUGCCAGGUCAGGGUCGGUGGAUAACCAAACAACACCCUUGACAAGCCCAAGUGAAUUCACGAGCCCAGUCAGUAUGACCAAAGAAUCACGAGAAGACUCGCAAAUAUUCCGGUCAGACCCGUCUCUACCUGCCCUUCUCAGUGGUGCCAGCUCUGUCUCCGCAGACGCCGAGGGGGAGUUCCUUCAACGCCCGGGCUCUGUCGACCCAACGUCACACUUUGAAUCAAAUGGAGAUUCACGAACCCCGCCAGCAUUUGGCAAGAAAUCCGUACCCGGAUUCCCACUAGAGACACUGGACACCGAGGAUAGUGCAGUCCAUUUGCACUUUGCCGCAUCUUUGCACAGCCAGAAUUCCUCCAUCUACUCGUCACGAGCGGUCGAUGACGACGACGAUAGUGACAGCGACGAGGGUCUUGUCAUGGCCAAGACCAAGCGAAAGGGUCCAGCCAGGGAUCAGGCUGCUCAACCCUUGAGUAGGAUCGCAACUAGCGCAAGGCGCAGAGAUACACAAACCAGCGUAGGCAGUACGGAGACGGCCAAGAAGAUAAAUGUCUACGGCGACUAA